AUGGAAUUUACAGCAAAACAAUUAUUAGAUGAAUUAAUUAAUAAAAUAGAAAAAACACAACAUGAAUCAAAUUAUUCAAUAUUAUCACCAGAAAAUUUAUUAAAUCCUAAUUUAUAUUUUUCUAAAAAUACAGUACAAUCUAGAAAUUUACAAGAAUCUAAAAGUUCAGAACAUUAUAAAAAUACGGAUGAAUUUAGAAAUACUGAAAAAUCUGGAAAUUCUGAAGAAUUUGGAAAUAUAGAAGAAUUACAUGAUAAUAGUGUUUUAUUUGAUUUUACAAUUAAUAAUAAAUGUUCAAAACAUACUAAUAAUAGUACAAAUACUAUAAGUAAUAUAUUGGAUAGAAAAAAUAAAAUAAAUAAGAAGCGUAUAUUAAUAAGAGGAUAUGAAAAAGUAGUUAUGAAAAAAAAUGAUAUGUUAAGUGUAAAGAAAGAUAUUUGUAAUUUAUUGUUUAGUCAUUUUCCUAAAUAUUUAAAUAGUUCUUUUCGUUUUAAAGUUGGUGAACUUUGUUAUCUUAAAUGGUAUGAUGAACUUUGUCUUGUUAUUAUUAAUUAUGCUUCACAAAAAUUACUCAUCAGUUCAGAUAAUGAUUUUGAUGAUAAUUAUGAUAAUUAUGAUCAAGAUAAAAAUACACAGGAUAGAAGAAAUAUAUGGUUAUAUGAUAUAAAUGAAGAAGUAUUUUUAGAUUAUGAUAAUCAUAAUCUUUAUUCUAAAUUAAAUGAACUUAAACCAAUUAAUAUUCUUUUGGAUAAUAAUUUCACAUAUAAUUUCACACAUAAUUUUAAAGAUUUUAAAGAUAAACAUUCCAUUAGAUAUUAUUUUAUACCAAUGUAUUAUGUAUCAUUUCCUGGAUAUAAAAGACGUUGUUCUAAAUUAUUUCGUUUUUGGGUACAAGAAAAAGAUCUUAUUAAAUUUAAAUCUAUACGUUUUUUAUCACAUAAUAAAGAUGUUAUAAAGUCAUCUAUUGUAAAAUCUUCCAUAAAAUCCUCUGUAAAGUCUACUGCUAUAAAAUCUAUUGUAAAGUCCCCAGUAAUUGAAAAUACGGGCAAAUCAAGUAGAAAUAAAGAUAAAUCUAAAACUAAUAAAAAAAAGAAUAUAGAAAUUACAAAUAAUUGUUCAUAUAUAAUUACAAGAACACGUGGUGACAAAUUAUGGAAUAAACGUAAAAUCUUACCCAUUAAUGAAUAUGUAUAUGAUGUUAUACAUAAUUUAUAUCAUCAUGAUUUAGUAUCUGGAAGAUAUAUUACUAAUAAUGAAUUUUUUUGUAAUAAUGGAUAUAUACCAUGGAUAAUACCAAAAUCAGUAAGAAAAGUAGUAAUACGUCAUCAUAGAUUAAUAACUACAAAUAAAAUAACAAUUCGACAGACAAUCAAAUAUAGAAAAUCAAUCCAUUUAAUAAUACAAAAUUUCAAAUUCUUAUUAUUAAUUAUUUCUAAAUUAUCUAAUCCAUAUUAUUCUACAAUAAGAAAUAAUACAAGAUCGAAUAAUUUAGAAAUAGAAAUUAUAGAUCAAUUAGGAAUUAUAAGUUUAUAUAUGAUAAAUUAUUUAGAAACAUUAAAUGGAAAUAUAUUUACAAAAUUCAAUGAAAUUUAUAUUAAUAAUUUCUAUUGGCUUGAUAUUUUAUUAUUAUGGAUUGAUCAUUUUUUUCUUAAUAAUUGUUGUUAUACUUUAUAUGAAUAUAAUCAAUUAUUAUAUUUAACCAAAUUAUAUAAUAAUAAUACAUUAUCACAAUUAUUAAGUAAUAUUUUUUCACACCAAAUAAUUAAUUAA